CUAAACCAAGCAGGAGAGCGAGAGGGAGACAGAGAAGCCAUCGCUAAUGAACAGGCUAAGCUAGUUUAGCGGAAUUUGGCAAAUGCUAAUCGGUUAUAAGAUUAGCGUCAAAUUACUAAAGUGAGCGAUGAAGUCAAUGACUAGAACAGACAAUCAAGGUAACAGUGUGAAAUUACUCGCUACAGCGAAUAUUAGAACAACUUAAGCGAUCUUUAAAUAAUGCGCAGACGGAGCUGCUCGUACCACCACUAACACACAACAACAACAAAUGACGUAGGACGCUUACCGCAACAGGAAGUCGAUCCAGUGUCUUCCUGUUGCUAAAACUGAAGAGCUCUACAGUAGGACAUAGGACAGCCGAAUGUUGCACUCACUUGCAGUUUUCUAAGGAUGUGUGGUUAUUGCCAAAAAUAACGAAAUAAAUCUGACCUCUUCAGAAUAAUGUCCUUGUGACUGUCAAAAGUCAGAAUAUGCUGAAGGAUGCAGUUACAUGGAUUUGCAUCACUGCUCAUGCAUGCUCACUAUAGAAAGACCGGUCUGAAGUUUUUGCCCAUUUUGACUUGAUGUGCUUACCAAACGCAUCCCCAACACAGAAAUCAGCAAAGCAAACGAAGAACUGGCAAAACGGGAAAUACUAGGACAUUUCACUCUGGAGCUGUAAGCUAUACAUUCAAGUGACCAAGAUUAUCCACAUGGCUGCAACAUUUACCCUCACAAAUUAUUACCUGGAAGGACUUGAAAAUGAGACAGACUACGUUUAUCCAACAGACGAGUCCAGCUACUGUUACAGUGAGGAGAGUGUCCAGUGGAUCUUUUAUGGGGUGUUCCAAGGUCUGCUUUACAGCUUGAUCUUCCUCCUGGGUGUGGCGGGCAACGGCCUGAUGAUAACAGUCCUCCUGAGACGUUGGCGGCUCCUGCGCAUCGCUGAGAUCUACCUACUGCACCUUGCCCUGGCUGACCUCCUGCUCCUUUUUACGUUUCCAUUCGAUGUCAUUGAAAGUGCCACAGGUUGGGUGUUCGGCAACUUCCUCUGCAAACUGAUGGGCUUGGGGAAACAUCUUAACCUCCUUUGUGGGAGUUUGCUUCUAGCUUGCAUUGGUUUUGAUCGGUAUUUGGCAAUUGUUCACGCUAUUAAUAGUAUGCAAAGUCGACGUCGGAGAACAGUGCACCUAACAUGCACUUUAUUAUGGCUGGUCUGCUUGUCUUUAUCAGUGCCCAAUGUUGUGUUUCUUACUGUGACAGAGGAAGCCACAAACACAUCUAGUCCAGUUUUGUCCUGUUUCUUCAAUCAGUACGGCAUCCAUGCAAACAACUGGGAUUUGGCCAUUAGAGUCUUGGAUCAUGUGUGCUUUUUUCUACCUCUGGCUGUAAUGUCUUACUGUUACACAGCAGUGAUAGUCACCUUGUUAAAGAGUCAGAAAAGCCAAGCAAAGCAAGGAGCAAUUCGACUGGCCUUACUCAUCACCCUCAUCUUUUGUUUCUGUUGGCUACCAUAUAAUGUCACGUUAUUGAUAAAAACUAUGGCAGACCUGAAGCUUAUCAAAUACAAAAGCUGUUACUCUUAUCUCCUGCUGCAACCAGUCCUUAAUGUGACCAAGGGCCUCGGUUUCUCACACUGUUGUCUGAACCCUAUCUUGUAUGCUUUUGUUGGGGUGCGGUUUCGCAAUGAGCUAAUUCAGAUAUUUUGUAAACUGGGCUGCAGCCGUGUUUGUAUGCCUUUCAUCAGAACUCGGGUUCACAGUCGAUCAUCUAAUUCUGAAGGGACAACCACCAGCGUUGUCCUCAUCUAAUGAACUCUUCUUCCAUGUCAGCUGAAAAUGCUUCUGUUCCACAGUAUUUUGUUUGCAAUGGUGGAGAAUGUUACAAAUUUUUCAGAUGUUCCGACAAUAUUGUAUCAACUGCUUCUUUGAUUGCAUUUUAUU